AUGUAUAACGUGGAAAUUAAACUGAUUGUAUUAACCAGUGAAAUGCUCAGCCUGGGCUUCAUUAACAUCAGCAAAUUGGACUACAGUUAUGACAACGGAAGACAGGGUAUGCCGCUUUAUGUUCUGAACUACCCAGACAGUGACAUGACUAUGACUGACCAGGUGGCGACCGUAGUCAUCUACAUGGUCAUCUUCGUGGUGGGAAUGCCAGGCAACCUGCUGGUACUCUGGGUGACCAGCUACGAAGCCCACCGAUCCAUUAACGCCAUCUGGUUCCUCAACCUGGCCGUGGCCGACCUCCUCUCCUGCCUGGCGCUGCCCAUCCACAUCACGACCAUCCUCAUGCACGGCAACUGGAUUUUAGGCGACACAGCCUGUCCCGUCCUGACCGCACUCUUCGCCUUCAACCUCUACGCCAGCGUCCUGCUCCUCGCUACCAUCAGCACCGACCGCUUCCUCAUCGUCUUCCGACCCAUCUGGUGCAAGAAAUAUCGUGUGGCCCAGCUGGCCUGGCUGGCCAGUGGCGUGGCCUGGAUGCUGGCUAUGAUGCUCAGCAUCCCAUCCUUCUCGUUUGGAGUCGUCUACGAGGACCCCAUAUCUGAGAGGGUCUUCUGUGGUGUGGCCUUAGAGCUGCGCGGUGAACAGGUCGAGCGUGCUCUCACCAUCACGCUCUUUGUCCUGACUUUCCUGGUCCCCCUGGUCACGAUGAGCGUCUGCUACACUUUCCUCCUGCUUCAGACCUGGGCCAGCCUGGCCACACGCUCCACCAAGACCCUCAAGGUGGUGGUGGCCGUGGUGACCAGCUUCUUCGUCUUCUGGCUGCCCUACCAGCUUUCCCGCAUGCUUCUUGUCCUUCUCCCCAGAUCCUCCCCCAUCUGGAACAUGGUCUCAUCCCAAACCCUGAUGUGGAUGGCCCUGGCUUAUGUCAACUGCUGUGUGAACCCCAUCAUCUAUGUGGCUGCUUCCUGGGGCCUCCGCAUUCGGGUUUUCAAGUUCCUGCCUGGCCAGCUGCAUGAACUGCUGACUGAUGAGUAG